AUGGAUAGACUAAAGCAAAUACUGAAUAAAAAAGACGUGCUAAGACGGGCGGAGCUCCUGUGCUCCAUACUGGAGAGCGAAGAGUGUGGUAGAGUGGCUCUGGUUCCGUCUGUGGCUAAUUUCCAGCUGCCCGAGAUAUUUCUCUCCACCAAGAUACUCCCAGAGUGCGAGACGUACUUUAUGCAGGAGAGCACAGAGAUAAAAGAGAGCGAAAUAAAAGAGUGGAACACGAGAGUAGACAACACAAUAGAAAAAAUGGCAAAUGAGUUUGUUAUAUCCAAUGCAGUGACUAACAAGCCAACGCCAAGUGAAGCAGAAAUAGAGGAAAGGAUUAAGUAUGUACUGGGCUAUGAGUGA